GGGCUGGAGAAGACUGAAGCGUCGUCUCCCCUGACAACAGAGGGGAGCAGCCGAGCGCACACCCAGCCAAUCACAAGCGAGGAGAUGGUGGCGGCAGGCAGCCCUCCCAAGGAGGAAGAGUCUAAGGGCUCAGAGAUGCAGGAGACUACAGACAAGCGCAGGUCGAAGGGGGAGCGCUCCCACACACAACCGGUCACUGAGUUUGAGGUGAAGAGGCUCUUGUCUUUCAGUUCCCCACAACCCCUCUCCGACCAAACACCAUACCCCACAAGCAAGGACGAAGAAGACAAUUCCCCUACACCCUCCCAGCCUGUCUUGCUGCAGCGCCAAGACUCGGGCGCCCGCAGCAGCAUUAAGGGUAUCCUCAAAAAGAGUCGUUCCACUAGUGUCGAGUCAGACUACAGCGAGGGAGGGGCCCCUGAAAGCACCCCCACCACCGGGGUGGUCCGACAAACCAGCGUCACCCUGAGCCACCCCGAGAGCGACGAGGAAGAGGAGGAGGAGAAAGAGGAGGUGGAAGAAGAGGAGGAUGAGGAAGAUGAGACGAUAGUGGACGAUAGCCCUGACGGAGGGUGUUUCAGUACCCCCCGGAUGCAGAGGGGCAAUGGGCGUGGUGGUAGCAGUAGUUCAGGGGAGGACCUCCAGAGCCGGACCCCCUCUCCAGACGAGAGCCUGGGGGAGGAAGAGAUGGAGAAGAUGUCGUCGGUGGACACGGAAGAUGGAGAAGAUCAGGAUGUGGAUAGCAGUCUGGACAGCAGUGUGGGGUCAUCCCUGAAAGAGAGGUACAUUGAACAGUGGCGAGGGGAGGAGUGGAAGGCCAAGCUGAAGAAGCCCAAGGAUCUGGUGCAGAAGUCCCUGGCUGACCGUUUCAACCAGCUCCAGGACUCUGGAGAUGCCUGGAAGAAGAAGAAGUCCAGUGCAGACGUGGAGACCAAGAUGUCCCUGGCGGACAGGAUGAAGAUCCUGCAGGAGAAGGAGGAGGCAUGGAAGAGCAGGGGGCGUGGCGCCGCCAACGACUCCACCCAGUUCACUGUGGCCGGGCGCAUGGCCAAGAGAGGUCUUGUGUCGGAGACUGGUAAAGAGGAGUCUCCCAUUUCCCACAUUAAGAAGUCCAGCGCCACGCCAGUCAAGCCACAUGAAGAAAUCUCCACUCCGAGUGGCGUCAAGGUAGAAGGGGACAAGAGGCUGGACAAGUUAGAGUCCUUCCUGGACAAGCUCCACAGUAAAGGGCUGGGGCACAGCCGGACUUCCACCAUCGAGGUGACUGCCGAGACGGAGAAAGAGGUCAUGACCCUGGAUGAUGAGGAGACGUUUGGCCGCUUUUACAAGCCUGUGUCGCCCACUGCCCGAGGCGCCGGCGUUACUGCGCUGACCGAGGAGGACCUCAGCGACCUUCAAGCCGACACGCCAAAGUUGACAUCGGCAGUGACGGAACACAAGCGUGCUGUGCGUCCUACUAGGAAUAACCAGGGCUCACGCAACCCCCUCCGUGCCCUGGCGGCCCGCAACGACAUCCGCCAGGUCUACACGGAACAGAGACUCAAUGUAGCUACCGUGGAAACCAAGAGGAUGCAAGUGGAGAGGAUGGCCAAGCAUUCCAACCUGGCGGACGCAGCUCUGGCCGGCCUGGCCAGUAAGGAGAACUUCCGCAAGGUCAACCUGCGCAGCACCAAGUCCACUGAGGUGGUGACCAACAACAGCACGCUGCCCUUCAACAAGCUCAUGCUCAUCCGCAUCAAAGGUCGGAGGCACGUGCAGGUGCGUCUGGUGGAGCCCACGGCCCGUUCCCUGAACAGCGGCGACUGCUACCUGCUCAUCACCCCCAAACACUGCUUCAUGUGGAGUGGAGAGUUCGCCAACGUCAUCGAAAAAGCCAAGGCCUCAGAGAUGGCGUCGUUCGUGCAGGCUAAGAGGGACCUUGGCUGUAAGGCCUCCCAGGUGACUGUGCUGGAGGAGGGCAUCAACACUGACAACAAAUGGGCUAAGGAGUUUUGGGACCUACUGGGGGGCAAGACAGACUACAGAGGUGCAGGGGAGCCAGAGGAGGAUGAGCUGUAUGAAAGUGGUGUGUUAGACUCUAAUGGGGUCUACGGGCUGCAGGAGGGAAAACUGGUGCCCCACAAAGAGGCCUGGGCUUCCAUCCCCAGUGUCACCCUGCUCAACUCUAAAGAGGUGUUAGUGUUUGACUUUGGCAGUGAGGUGUACGUGUGGACGGGGAAGGACGUCCCCCUGGGUGACAGAAAGGUGGCUGUCCAAUUAGGGAAGCAGCUGUGGAGCGGUUCUUACGACUACAGCAGCUGCAGGGUCAACCCCCUGGAUGCCUGUUCAUCCAAUACUGAUGUCCCUGAGCAGGGUGAGGGACGUCCCAGCUGGGCUCUGUUCGGCCGUCUGUCGGAGCACAACGAGACGGCUCUGUUCAGAGAGAAGUUCCUGGACUGGGCCGAGAGGAAAGAGGAGGCUGCCAUGGAGGAGGCCAAGAGCCCUGUCCACUCUACCCUCCGCUCGCCCCUUGAGGCGGCCAAGCCUGACGUCUUAAAACCGUGCGACGCCAAGGCCCUGCUGGACAGUGCGGGAGGCCCUGUACGUAGCCUCCUGGAGGGCGUGGACGUGCAGCGUGGCUACGGGCUGGUCCAAACAGAGGACGGACGCCAGGCAGAGCUCGCCACAGUGGCGGUGGACGCCUGGCAUAUCCGGGAGUUUGAAGAGGAGGAGCUGGUGGCGGCGAGCUUGGGCCAGCUGCACGAAGGAGACACCUACGUGAUCCGCUGGAAGUACUCGGUCACCACUGUGGUGGGUAAGAGGCAGAAGCCGGGGGAGCUGAGUAGUGGGGGUCCGGGUCGGGAGCGAAGCGCCUGUUUCUUCUGGCAGGGCCGUCACUCCAGCGUCAGCGGCAAGGGCACCUCCGCACUGAUGACCGUAGAGCUGGGGAACCACAGGGGGGCGCAGGUGUUGGUGACACAGGGCAAGGAGCCUCCAUGUUUCCUGCAGCUCUUCCAGGGAGGCCUGGUUAUCCACAAGGGCAGCAGAGAAGAUGAUGGCGUCAACAACACAGGCGGCUGGCGUCUGUACUGCGUGCGCGGGGAAGCCACGGUGGAGGCUUCCCUGGUGGAGGUGGAGUGUUGCUGUGCCAGCCUGCGUUCCCGUGCCACCCUGGUUCUGCUGGCGGCCCACCAGGAACAGCUCUACCUGUGGCAUGGAUGUAAGUCCCACGCCGGCGCCAGGGAGGUGGGCACCAGGGCCGUGGAAAUGCUCAAGCAGAGGCAUCCUUCUGAGCUGGGCCUGAACAGUAACAGCAGUCUGAAGGUGGAGGAGGUAGAGGAAGGCACGGAGCCAGUUGGGUUCAGGAAUGCUCUGGGACAGCAGGACAGGAAGGCAUAUGACUGCAUGCUCCAAGAUCCAGGGAAGUACAACUUCACCCCGCGUCUGUUCUGUCUGAGCGCCAGCUCAGGGGUAUUUGAGGGGGAGGAACUGCUGAGCCCGGCCCGUGUGACAGGGGCUGUCAUGGCCAUGCCCUUCCUCCAGGAGAACCUCUACUCUGCACAACAGCCAGCCCUCUUCAUGCUAGAUAACCGUAUGGAGGUGUACCUGUGGCAGGGCCGGCAGCCCGACGACGGAGAGUGUACAGGCUCAGCCAAGAUCCGCUGGGAGAACCAGAAGAAGUGUGCCAUGGAGACUGUGCUGCAGUACUGCAAAGAGAAGAACUCUCGCCGCCCCCCUCAGGCCUACCUGGUCCUAGCGGGCUCUGAACCACUGACCUUCACCAACAUCUUCCCCUACUGGGAGAGAGAUCCCAACAUCACCACCCAGGCGGAGGGGGCGCGCAACAAAGUGACGCUGGUGCAGGACGCCCUGAACCGGCUGAGUAAGAACCAAUACUCUGUGGAGGAGCUGACGGCCAAGCCUCUACCAGAAGGAGUGGACCCCCUCCGCCUGGAGAUCUACCUUUCAGACCAGGACUUCCAGAGUGUCUUGGAGAUGACUCGCACCGAAUUCAACGCCCUGCCAAACUGGAAACAGAAGAACCUGAAGAAAAGCAAGGGCCUUUUUUAAAAAGCUUUCCUUUUUUUGUAAACAAACCAAAAAACAAGAGGACAUUUUAAAGUCCAUAUGGCACCUUUUUCAUACUGUUUUGUAUUCUGAGGGAAAUUAAGUUGUUUUUUCAUGUAAACCGAAAGAACAAAACACAUGUACAGACUUGUGUCUGUUUUAAAACGAUAACCUCUUUUAAUGCCCAUUUUAUAGACCUUUCCUACAAAGCAAUGUAUCGUAGCCAAAUAUAUACAGUAUAUGCAAAUUUACUUUUUGGCAGCGAGGUUAUGUUCAUUAUAGUGAACUACAUAUGCCCCUGAAUUAUAAAUAUGUAUUAUAAAUGUCUGUUCUAACAUUGUCAA